AGCAGAUGCAGUGAGAUGAUUUUCUCGUCGACACCGGGUAUGAGUCUAAUUAUACUCAUUGUGUUAUAUCGUAGUUGUCGUCGUGGCUUUUGAAGCUGUGCAGUGUCCAUAAUGCGUACGACUUUCCGAUUAGGAGUUGCUUCUGCGACUCUGAACUUUGUGCUGGGGUCGCUUGAGCAAAUACCUCUGGGCGCUGGAACGACAACUGGACCGACACACGCGACAAAUUGGAAACUCAACUUUUCCUCGACAGCGCCUUACCUCUUUUCCUCGGUGUCUUCAUUACUGCAACAAUGGGGAAACACUUUCUUCCCAAACGGGCACAGUAUAGUGCCAUGCGAGAUUCCUCCGUACACAUUAUUUUAUCAUGGCCGCUUGGAUAACGAGCCACCUCCCAGCCCGGAAUGGCUAGCUUUUGAUAUUGAGAUGUCGUAUGGCAUCAUGGGCGGUACGAGAAAUUCACAUAUGUUCACUUACCAAACAACCAAGCCAGUCAAGGCGUUGUAUUUUGAUGGAGAAUCGGCCACUUUAAUGGGCUUGGGCCAGAUGGAUACACAAAUGUUGCAUAUCUUCGGCAAUAUUUCAGGCCCGCCACAUGAUGGCUGGGGUCUAUACGAAGAAUACGCUCGUGCAACAGGUCUUUGUGAUUGGCUAGAGUCAGCUGGUCUGAGGGGUGCCGGCUGGGGAUACGAGGGUGUUAUCCGCAUGAAUGCCGGCUUCGAGAUGAUCUGGUGUGAUUUCACCAGUCCGAGCCUGAGACUUUUGACGCAACUCAAUGUUACUGCACCGCAGCUGCCCGAGGAAGAGGACAAAGGUGAAAGCAACAGAGUGGCAGAUGAGGUAGAAGUGGAUCGAGCGAGCUCUUACUACUCUCUGCCUCCUGUGCCAACGCGAACAGAUCAUUCAACCGACCCGAGUGAUCCACCCAAGCCGCCGAAUUGGAGGGGUCAGUUCGAUAGAGAACCGUUUUUAAGGUCUCAGGGCUGGGGCUGGUUCUCGAGUGCGACUUAUCACUACGGAAAGUCCAGAACUAGUCCCGGGCUCGGAGAAGUGAGGGCAAAAGUUGACAACUGUGGCGUGCUGUCUUACUAUUCACCUCAAUUUACAAAUCUGACCCGAGUGAGAAUUGAGACUGAACAGGAACUCUACAACCUUACAAGUCGUGGCAUUUGGAAAGGCGAAGGUUCAAAUGGGAAUCGAUCGACCGCUCUCGACGAACUGAGGAGACGCAGGCGUUACCAUCACUUGGAAGAUGUGACUACCGCAGAAGCUCUGUCCAUGCGCCAGAACUCCGAAUGGGUGUUGAAGGGCUUGCUGAACAGUUCUCGCGAAUGCUCCGGGGCUGAUUGGGUAUAUAUCAGCAACGAAAUUACCCAAGAUGCCGGCAUGCAUCUGAAAGAGCUAGAGAGCCUGAUCUCUUUCUCAGAAUACUCACAGAAUACGACAACGAUUAAGUCAUGGCUGUCUGCGUUACGGUCCCGGAGCCACUCCUUUUACGUGGCCUUCCUGGAGUAUCCGCCAAAGCAUGACCCGUCAUCGUGGGAAGUCGGCUCUCAGCUGUACCAGGACACAUAUUCGCGAUGUCGCUACAGAUAUACUCGGUUGAUGGCACCUUCUGAAGGCCUGAAUCUUACCCCUGAAGAGGAAGACCUACGUUGGGCAAUCGAAGAAACGUACGGCGCCAUAUGCUCUGUCCUGCUGAAUAUUGGCUUUGAAAUCGAGGCUAAUUGGGCCGAACAUUUCAAUCAAAUCGGAGAGGAUGCGGCACCAAGCAAGCCUCUUCCGUCGCAUUACUCACAACUGGCUAGGACGUGGGAUGACGGCGUUCAAGAGCUACUGGCCUGGCUGGGUUGGGAAGAUGCGUUUGCCGGCUGCUCUGAGGUUUGCGCCUGGGACGAGCGCUGCUACAUCCCAAUGUGGCCGCUCAUGGCCUGGGGUCGUGGACCUGGAGGUAGACACCCGCCCGGCAGAGGCAAUGGGACGCACCCGCCACCGCAAUACCCCCCACAUGGCGGUCAUGAGGGAUACGGUCCAUAUGGCGAUGGUCCACCGCAUAGAGGUCCUGGCAGGCCACCAGGUGGGGGUCCAGGUGAAAAACAGCCAAGGGGCCGUGGUGGGUGGUCCAUGGGAGAUGAAACCCAAUUGUGGCAGCCAACUUGUGCCAAAGCAUCCCUUUUCAUGGGCUCGUAAAGUAGAUGGUAGAUUGUUUUCCGCAAUUCACGCACAGGAUACCCGUAGAGAUAUACAAGUUGAAUGGUCUGAUAUCUUAUAUUGUAAGCAGCCAUUCGUUUUCGCCAUCGCGCAGUUUGGGCGACCACAGCAUAUGAGAAUGAUGCUUCUCAGAUCUUUCCUCAGCACAGUU